CACUCAUCUCAGAAAUGCAACUCAUAUAACACCCCCCUCUCCUUGAAUAUUGUUUUGCGCGGAGAGAAGAAGAGAACGAACACAACUUGAGAUACCCAAAAAGACAGCCUCAAAUACCUGCUUAGAUUCCGGUUCUGUCUUUAAGUGAGAGAUUGUAGCGUGUGUAUAUAAAUCAAAGCUUUGGUAUUGAGAUUUAUAUUGGGAGAUAUUUCAAUGGAGGCGAGAGCUGUUGUAAAGGGGUUUCAGUUUUGUACAUGGAUUGAUUCUGAGAAGGUGAAGAGGAGACCCCCGAGUGGCUCGGCUCGGUUUUCGAGGAGGUUGAAGGAUGAGCAAAGCAAGAAGCAGGUGCUUGUUGCGGCAGCGCAGAAAUCGAAUCGGCAUCGACAUGUUGCUGUGGAUUACAACCACUGGAAUCCAGCUUCAACAAUGGAAUCUGGAACCUUUCAUGCUCAUUUCGAUGAAUCUCUUGUUCUGAAGACUAAAUCCCAAGAGAUUGAGCCAUACUUAAGUGGGCGCUGUAUAUAUCUUGUCGGUAUGAUGGGUUCUGGGAAAACAACUGUCGGCAAGAUUUUGGCGCAGGCACUUAAUUAUUCAUUUAUUGAUAGUGAUACAUUCGUGGAGCAUGAGGUUGGUGGAAAGAGUGUAGCUGAAAUUUUCAAGCUCUAUGGAGAGGGUUUCUUCAGAGACAAGGAGACUGAGGUCCUACGAAAGCUGUCUAUGAUGCAACGUCAUGUUGUGUCUACUGGUGGUGGUGCAGUAGUUCGGCCGGUCAACUGGAAAUGUAUGCAGAAGGGAGUUAGCGUAUGGUUAGAUGUACCCUUGGAAGCCUUGGCCCAGAGAAUUGCAGAUGUGGGAACUGGUUCUCGACCCCUUUUGCAUCAUGGACCAGGGGAUGCAUACAGCAAAACCUUUAUGCGUCUAUCUAGUCUUUUCGAAGAGAGAGGUGAUGCUUAUGCCAAUGCCAAUGCUCGGGUUUCCUUAGAAAAUAUUGCAGCGAAAAUGGGUUAUAGAGAUGUAUCCAAUCUCUCGCCUACUGCUAUCGCUCUUGAGGUACUUCAACAAAUUGAAUGCUUUCUGGAGGAAGAGAGAGGCCGAGCUCGUGUAUUCUAAGUUGUCAAACUUCCGUGCUGCAUACUUAUGGUAUCUUCCAAGGAUUUAUUUCUUUCAUAUUUUCUGUAGAAUGUGCCGUGUUUCUAGUUUUAGUAGCGAAACAUGGCACGGAUGUCUAUUUGUGUUGAUGAGGUCCUGCAAGCAAAAAUUAGUAGAAACAGAACUUCAAGGUAUCUGUUUUAUGAAAGAACUUUGAGCACAUUGUAACCGUCAAUGAACUAGUAUUUGUAUAUAUUGUAUCAUUAUUGAUUCAAAUGGGAUAAUAAAGUCUAUAUUUGUACUGCUCGCAGUUCAAAUUUUCUUUUA